AUGAAAGUGUCUACGAGGAGGAAUGAUGUUGAUUCUAGAGGCAGGAUGUCCCGGCUGCCAGUCAGGCGUGACAUAGCGGCUGCUCUAUAUACAAGUCUUAUUCCGCGGUGGAGGUCAGUGGCGGAGAAGGUUGUGGAGUCUGCAAUGCCAAUUGUUGGGGUACAACUCGAUCCAAAACGUGAUAUCGCGUUGGUAACAGGCGGCGCUGGUGGGCUAGGCAAGGAGAUUGUCCGGGAACUACGUAGGAGGCAAAUUGUUACUGUAAUCUUGGAUGUUGUUCCUCCUCCAGACCUAGAAUCGUUAACUGGCGUGCAUUUUUAUGCCUGUGAUAUAUCCCUUCCAGGACGAAUCCGCGUGAUACAUGAGAACAUCAUUCGGGAUGUUGGGCAUGUGACAAUUUUGAUAAACAACGCCGCAAUAACCUCAGAUCUUCCAUUGGAUAGGGUGGAUAACGACAAAAUCGAGCAGAUCAUCCGAGUAAACUUGCUUGGUCCAUAUACACUAAUACGGGAGUUCUUGCCCUCGAUGAUAGCGAUCGACCGGGGAUAUAUAGUGAACAUCGCUUCCGUAUUGGGCUUUGUCACACCAGCGAGGUUAACUGCGUAUGGUGCCUCUAAGGGGGGGCUCAUAGCGUUGCAUGAGUCUUUAGUAGAUGAGCUCGAGCAGUAUACGUGGAAAGAUAGCAGUAACCCAGGUUAUGUUCCGUUGUUAAAGAGUAGGGGUGUUAUACGGAGUCUCCUUGUUUGUCCGGGGAAACUCACUACCAAGAUGUUUGACAACGCUCGUUCUCCGUCGAAGAUUAUUGCGCCGGACUUAGAUCCGGAAUAUCUCGCAAAACAAAUCGUUAACGCGAUGGAGUGUAAUAGAUCUGGGACAUUGAAGCUACCGUAUUACACUAAUAUGAUGUGUUACUUCAAGUCAUUGAAUUGGCCCUGGUUCAGGCUUUUCCGUUUGACUGCUGGUGUAGACGCCAUAAUUGCGGCAAAAUAA